AGAAAACAGUUGCAAUGAAAUGAGUAAAUAAGGAGGUGGACACAAUAGUUCUUGAAAGCUACAGUCAUCAGGCUUAAAAACAGGGAAGAUAAAGCAAAUAAUUAAGUUUGAGACCAUUACUGACUUUGUGUGGGGGAGUAUUAGGAUCCCCAGCAGCUAUGUGAGGUGCACAAACACAACCUGCAAACAUGGACUGGCCCAAGACCUGUGGGCUGCCUCCCCUUUUCCGGUCAUGUAUGAAUCAUGGGACAGCAGAUGAGACAGGAAGAUGUGGAAACACUGAUUUUUUUCCUCUGUUUUUCUCCUAUUUCUUUAUAAUAUGUGGCAUGAUGGAUUGGCUUGGCUUUUGCUUGGCUUCCUACGAAAAUUUGGCUUGCAAUCAUACUAUUUCUGCCUGUCUGUCUCUUCCAUUAACUUAGUUGCUCCCGAGGGAAUCUGCAUGGGGGGAGGUCACUAAUGGCUCAGGUUAAUUCUGAGUCAAUGUUUGUAUUUGCUUGGACCUCAAACUCAAAUCAGUUGGAGAUACUGAUCCCCACGGCUGGCUGAUUCUGCUGCUGCCUAGUGUGACUGUUUUUUUUUCAUUGGCAUGGCUGUCGGGACAGAUUAAGGCCAGUCUCAUGGGUAAAACGCAAAUACAUGGAAAUAUCAUGGAUACCUUUUGAGAAGGAGCUGAAAACUCCAGUGUUCCUCUGCUGUGAAGACUUAAAGACAGAUGUGCCCAGAGGGGAGAGGAGUGACUGCGGAAACUGAGAGGAACUGCAAGCAAAUGGCUAAAGCAAGGAGAGGAGGCUUCUGGGCUGAUCGCACGCCAGUUCAUGAAGCAGCCAGGCGGGGAGAAAUCCUACAGCUGCAGCAGUUGAUCGAGAGUGGAGCCUGCGUCAAUGCAGUCACCUAUGACUCUAUCACCCCGUUGCACGAGGCAAGCCUGCGAGGGCAGACGCAGUGUGUCAAACUCCUGCUGGCUGCAGGGGCCCAGGUGGAUGCUCGGAAUAUUGAUGGCAGCACUCCGCUAUGUGACGCCUGUGCCUCGGGUAGCAUAGAGUGUGUGAAAGUGCUGCUGUCCCACGGUGCGAAGGUGAACCCUCCCCUUUACACGGCGUCGCCUCUCCACGAAGCCUGCAUGAACGGUAGCUCAGAGUGCGUACAGCUCCUCAUAGACGUCGGUGCAAACUUGGAGGCCCACGACUGCCAUUUUGGGACGCCCCUGCAUGUGGCCUGUGCCAGGGAGCAUCUGGACUGUGUGAAGUUGCUGCUCAAGGCAGGGGCAAAUGUGAAUGCUGCUAAACUACACGAGACAGCCCUCCACCAUGCGGCUAAAGUGAAAAAUGUAGAUCUGGUGGAGAUGCUGAUUGAAUUUGGAGGAAACAUUUACGCGAGGGACAACCGAGGAAAGAAGCCAUCCGAUUACACCUGGAGCAGCAGUCCCACAGCAAAGUGCUUUGAAUACUAUGAAAAAACGCCUCUGAGUUUGUCGCAGCUCUGCAGAGUUACUGUGAGGAAAGCAGCGGGGCAGCGGGCGCUGGAGAAGAUUGCCAAGCUAAACAUCCCGCAGCGACUGAUCCAGUACCUAUCAUACAACUGACAGGGGUCAAGGUGACCGGGAAGGACGGUAUCUUUAGAUCCCACAGUAUGAAGUCUCUGUCUCUUUCUCGUCUACCUCCCCACAAGAAACAAACUUUAAUUUAAGCAAACUGGUGUAAAUAGUAUUUAUGAGGCAGCACUUCACACCCCUUCCUCUUCUUCAUCAGUGAAUGCUUUGGCUACGACAGACUUAGGCAAGGUGUAGCGCUGACUUGAAGUUACUCUCCCCCAUGGUGUUCUGCUAGACUGUUACCCCAUUAGAGGCUGCAGUGCUCGCUCUUUGAGUGGGAUUAAUCUUGCCUAAUUUUAGAUGUCUCUAGCCUAAAGACAUCUCCAUGUGAUCUAGCCAGGUUCCUUUUGCGGUCAGUGGAGAGAAAUAAAUACUUCUAGAGCAUGAUUCAUCUGUCCUGUUUUAGAUGUCUGUGUUAGGAUGAUACGGUAUGCCCUUGGAGCGCCUCUCUGUCUCUCCACUGACUGCAGAGGGAUCUAGAGACAAUAUCCUCGGAUACAGACGUCUACGUUUCUGAAGUGGGAAUGCUGGCUCCCACCUCUGCGUUGAUAACUCGAACGAUAACUGCCUAAUGCCAAGAGACAAAGCUCAAAUGACCUGGAUGCUCUAGUUGGAGGCAGAAUAAGACCUCAGCAGGCUCAGGACUAAUCCAGAGACACUGGAGCCAGUUGGUGACUUUCCAUCGACUUCAGCGGGCUUUGGCCAAACACCAGCAGUGAGGGCAAAUUGCUGACAGAUCUGGGUUGGCUUCACCCGUGCUCCUUGCUUGCUGAAGGUGCGCUGGCUGUGAUUGUAGUGCCUCGCCCAGGGUGGUGCUAUGUCCAGCUUACAAGCCCAAGCAGGAAGCAGGUCUAUCUACACAUCCACGGAGGCUUUUCUCCAGAUGGCCGGUCCCAAAGAACAUUUCUCCACUUGUUCUGAGACACUGUGGCUACAACGUUGGUUUUAUGUGCAAUAAGUGGUGGGCUUGCUGCCCUAUAUUGCCAGAACUAUGGCGCCCUGUCUGUAAAGUCACGCUGCCGUGGUGGGGUCACGUCCCUUGUGUCGUGCUGCAGCAGAUCCCUUUGGGAUAUGCCCACGUGUGAAAGACAGUAGCAGGGCUGGGUUGUGCCAUUUGGGUUUUGAGAUGUUUUUCCCUCUGAGAUUAUCUCUUGAUUCCGGAGCUUCUCCAGAAUUUGGUAAUGGGAGCCAACCCCCAGCUGUGUGUCGCUGGGUGUUGCGUUUGAGUCCUUUGACUUCAGCACAACCUAUCGCAGCUUUGUGCUUUGGCGAUUUAAACGUUAGUGGUGACGUUUAUAUCAGCAGAGACGAAAUUGUAGACUUCCUUCCACAUGAGACGUUGCGUGUCGUCUGAAGGCAGUCACCACCAAGGUGCUUGGUAUUAAAGGGAUAGAGCUCCCUGGGGCAAGUCUAAGCACUGUGAUUUGAACGACGGCAAACGUUACGAAAUCCUCUGAGGUGUCUAACGUGGUAUCAAGCUAACUCAGGGCUCUCGACGUCCUUCGUGCUGUGAACUGACACAUGAGAACGAGCGGUAGCUUGCCUCCUGUCUGCUGCCUGUGAGCUCCCAUACUCCUCCAGCUGGCACGGUAGGGCUUGGCCUUGGGAGAGAAGGGGAAAAUAGCGCAGGAGCAGGGUCAGCGAGGUGAGGUGGAACUGAAUGCACUUUAAUGGUGACCAGUGAAUUACUUUGUUUACCAUUUUUUGGUUAGGUUCAUUUCCUCCCCCAUACCCUGUUUUUGUCGUUUUUGCUCUUUGAUAUCGUGCAGGACUGGGACGGGUUUUUGAGACUGUGAUUUUGGGGGGAUUGUCUGUUUAUAAUUCCAUCGGAUUUUUAUAAUUAAAAUAUCAGAAAUGUGAAAUUGCUAAGAAGCUCAGGGAAGCCCUAGAGAUGUCUGUUGUGGGAUUCACCCUUGUAAUUGAUAGGAUAAAGGUUUUGUAUUGAAUCUUCCAACACAAGCUUCCUCCGUCCAAAGUGUUCAUUCUUACAGUUAAGUAAAUAUUAGGAAAAUGUAGACCUUUCAGUAGUCUGAGUUGAAAAUUCAAAUCUCUUGGUAGUUUGCUUUUUUAAUAUUACCAUUUCAUUAUUGGACCAGCUUAGGCAGCGCCCACGUUUCUAAUGUAACGACAAACCAAAAAACUCCUCGAACAACCAGGCAUAAAAUGACCAAUUCCUUUUUAUGUCAUCUUUAUUUUUCCUCUCUUGAAAGCCACCUCUGUGGUAGGUCCUAAGAUUUGGUUAGUUUUCUUCCUCUCUUAAGUGGCCCUGCUGAUGGGUGCGCGCAUCCAGUAAGGACUUGCUGGAAGAGCUAAGCAGUUAUGCUUUGGUAGGAAUAGGCAUGCACAUUCAAUAGCUGUUUUCUUGGAAAGCAAGACAUUUUCUUGUUACUCCUGUGCCUGGAUGGAAAAGUGUUCCAGGAAGGUGCUUUUAGAACCAAAAAGCUAGAAAACAACACCCAAAUCAUUCCCCUGUGUGCUGUGGUGCCGAGGCAGGUGGCUGUUGAUCAUCUACUGCGUGUUUAAUUGUAUGUUCCUGGAUUUCUAAAUUGCAAGCGAAAAUAACUCCCUUUGAGAUUCUUAAAAUGUUUCUUGUCUUGUCUCCAACUCAUCUAGUCCUCGGUUCUUUUAAUCCUAUCGGGGUUCCUCAGCUGGUUGUGAAGCAUCUUCUGAGCUCUUGCAUUUUACAGCUUAGAAUAAAGGUAAAGGGGAUUUUAAGAUAAAUCAAUACUGAGUUUUGGUUUCCCUGAAAACCUUGGACUGCAAUUUUUGUGGCGGUUCGCAGUGACUACGUGCAUAGCUGAGUCAUCUUUGCAGCAGGGUAUAGUCUGGAGAGCUGGGUGUGGGAAUCGCUACAGCCAUCCCAAAUUAAGCUGAGAAUGAGACGCUUUGGAGAUAAUGUUUCCCUGAAAGGGGAGCUGGGUUCUUUGGGGCCGGGGCUAUGCUGAGGGUCAAAUUUGGAUGAUCACAGCAGUCCAUCCUGGCCUGUAAAUUGCUGAGGGUGCCUCCACCUGAGUAAGCGGUGGAGGCACUUAGUAAUACAAGCUGUGUAAGGUAGGUGGAGCGUCAUCCCCACCACAGGGUGAGGUUGGCUGUACGCCUGGCUUGAACGGGUACCUUCACUCGCUGCUAGCUACGAGCACCUAAGCACCGCCUGUCCCAGGCCUGGUGAGCCACGUGGCUAGCAGGAGGCUGCCUGAGAAAUGUGACCGGAUGCUCGCUGAGUGCUUGCUCUCCGUCAGCCACCUCGCUGACUGUGUGCAACCCUAGCCCAGGGAGCAGCCCUGCAUGUAAAGCUCUGCUUUUGCUAAUCCAUCCCAAAGUGCUUCACUGUGCUGCACUGCUUGGCGUGAGAGGUGGAAAUGAGAGGCUCGGGAGAGCCUGCAAGACCUGUGGAAGGAGCAGAAGGCCAGUUCUGUACCCUGCCAGGCCAUACUGGUCUCCCAUGCACCUUUGCAUGCCAAGUAACAAAUUGCCAGCAUGCCAGACACCAGCAAAAUGGUACUAUAGCUGCGCGGGGAAGUGCAGUGCAGAGGUGACCAACGGGCUCCACAUGGAGCUGGCUGGACACCAUGCCCAAGCUGAUAAGCCGUGCAGGCUGUUAGCUGACUCUCUUCAGGCCUGUAGAUCUUCUGUGUUACUUUCUCCAGCGUUUCUGCUUCGAGGUUUGGUGCAGGAAGCACUAUAUGAGCUCUACAGCUUGUGAAGCCAGGCUGGAUGCACGACAGAAGUGGAGAUACAGCUUCCAAGGUGGCUGAUACCUCUGGUAGAGGUUACUUUGAGUGUCUCUGCUGCUGGCCCGACUUAACUGCAAACUGGAGAAAGUAAUUUCUUCGUUAUCUGGGGAAUAUAUUCCCUGGAGCUGCCCAUGCAAAGAGAUCUGCUCCACCUGCACGACAGCCAUGGACCUCCCAGUCCUGAAGGUGUGGAUCGGCUGUGGUUCAGACGUUGGUCUUUAUACCUCAGUGACUCACUUCAGUACGGCUUUGACACGAGUUCUUUUCCCCCGUGCUUGGCAGGAAAGUCUUCAGAGUGACUCAGAGGGGGCGAGUCACAGUCAGUCAUUGCAUCCCUGGGCUCCUGUGAUGAGGCUUUUCACCUUCCCAGUUUCAGGACGCCUCUUUGACAGUGGCAGUAUCAGUUGGGAAAGUAGUUGCAAGCGUCCACCAUCUGGGUUCCUUCUCUGGAGCUGACUCCGCUGGUUAGCGUUGCGUUGGUUGCGUUUUGUUUCUCUUAGGCACAUAAAAGAAGGAUCCAAGAUGGCCUUACUUCCUAGAAAUAGAAGUUUUAUGCAUCUCACCCAGAUGACUUGCCCUCUGGGAAGCCCUAGAAAACGAUCGUGGGCUAGCUUCUCCCAGGCAUGGGGUAAAAAAUUGGAAGAUCUCCAAAAAGCAAGCCGCUGCUCACACCUAGUUUAUAGGGACUGCUUAAUGCUAGGUACCCCUGCUUUUUAGUGGCAGCUAAAAUACCCUUGGAUUUGUAACAAAUUUUGGGAUUGCUGGGAGUGAAAGAGACUGUCUAAAUAAGGGAGUAUUACAGUGUGAAGUGCCUCAGCUGACUCUGCUUGGGUUACGCCCUUCACUUUGUUUUUAUGUCAGAUUCUGGUUAUUAUUUGACUCCCUUCACUCUUCAGUUUGAACGUCAAAUCAAGGCAUGAAUCCAAUGCAAACAAAUCCAAACCUACCAGGCCAGUCCUGCUUUCAUCUGUGCCCUUGCUGGGCUCCUAGAGCCAAGAUGCCAACGAAGAGAUCAAUCCCAAAACUGCGAAUCCAGUUUAGUGUUUCAGGCCUCCUCCCCUCUCCUGUGGGUUUCUCCUUCCUGCACCUUGUUAGAGAUCCAGCCUGCAGGAGAGGUCUGAAUUACUCCUGCUCCUGUCCAGACGCUGCCUCAGCUUCAGGGAAGUCCAGAUGCAAAUGUGGCUUUGCAGUUUCUUACCGUUUAGCGUUGCUCCUGCAUGCUGCUGGUUGCUGCUAGCAGGGCUUGUUAAUGUUGGCUUGCAGGGAGGGAACUUGAUCGUAGCAGCUUUUCUCUAACUAUGCGAAGUUUGUCCAGAAAAAGCAAGGUGUGGCUAAAGCUGAUGCCUUGGAAAAAAGGCCUUGCAAGUCUGAAGAAUUAACUCCUUGUAGCACAAGCAACUGUUGCUUUUCCUGGAAGAGGUGGACAGCCACCCUUUCUCUUGCUACAUUAAUAAAAGAGGGAUCGCAGAGGUGCACAUAUUCACAAAGAGCAGGAGUCGCUCCCUCAAUCUUGGCUUAAAGGAGAGGAAGAGAAGAUGUCGAAUGCAAACAGGGCUUUUUUUUUUUUUUUUUUAAAGUAUCUUCAGGGGACUUGGUACGUUCAGCUUCACCUAGGAAGUCCCCAUGCAGGAUUUUAGCAAACCCCCAAAGCUGCUGCAGUCUGAGCAGUGGCACACAAAGACCUCAGUGUUCUCUGGACGUGGCAGCUGGAACUGAGUAAUGGAGCAAUUGCAUCACCUUUAGAGCAAGCAUGAGCGUGAAGUAUCUAUUCUACCUCUGUUUUUUUUUUUUUUUAAAAAAAAAAAAAAAGCACUGAAGACCUGGAGUGUUUACCUGAGCUUUCUCACACCCUGUUCGUUUCUUCCCUCUUUUGUUCCGGGGAACAAGUUGAUCUUGCAGGCGCUUGCAAGAAGAUGGCGCCUCUCCCAUAUGCUUGAGUUGGAGCCAGGUGGGCGUUUGUAGACUUGAGUUCAGGGGCUCCCGGCUGACUUGCGGCUGCUGGAGACCUGGCCUCGAGUCUGUUUGAGGCUGGUGAAUAUCCUGUUCCCCGGCCUGCAGGAGGCUGCUUGUUCGGAAACAGGGUUUUUGAUAAAGUGAUAGGCCAAGGGUUAUUAUAUCCAAACCCUGGUUGCUUAAAGCUGGUGCCUAAAUCUGUAGCAAGGUACCUAAUUGUAAGGGAGACCUUUUAGUGGGAAAAACGCCGCUGAUUUCUUAGGACUUCUGGAAACCUAGACUACUUAUAUAUUGCAUAGCACCCUAGCGCCUGCCCGUGCUGUUGGUUAAGCCUGCG